AGGAGGCAGCUCGGGGCCUCGCCUCUGCGCUCCGUGCGGGAUUCAAGGAACCACGUGGCCAGAUCUGAAGGGCGCAGGGCAACUGGUUAAGCCGAUCUACUUCGGGGCACGGAGCGAGCGUUCACACGAUCCGCGAAGCGGCUGGUUCCCGUGCACUGCAAACCCGAUCCGCCAGGCAGCCCGGAGGCGCAAAGAGGAAACACGGGUGGCGUAUGCGCGCGUGUUUUUAAGCGCUUCUGAAAUCAUGGAGAGCCCCAACAAUUUCUGCCGUCUUUGUGGCACCGUGCUGCGUGGGAAUCAUCGGCGGUGGCUUUUCAGCCGGAGCAGUAACAGCUCACGCCCCAACCUGCUGGUGAUACUGUCCUACGUCCUCGACCAAGAGCUGCCGCAGCGUGGAGAUGGGCGUGGAGAAUUCCUGUGUGGGAAAUGCGCCCAGGCCUUGGGACGGGUGUACCAUUUUGACACGGUCAUCGCCCGGGUUCAAGCUCUCUCCAUUGAGCGCCUCCAGCGCUUGCUUUCGGAGAAGGACCAGUUAGCCCGCUCGCUGCGUCACAUCUACAUGCGGCGGUUUCCAGAGAACGGGGCCCCCGUGUCCUACACGGACCAAGAGAUCUCGACCAGCAUAGCGGAUUUGCCCCAAGUGCAGUACCAGCGCCUCCUGCAGGACGAUAUGGCCCUCUCUGAAUAUGAGUGCUGGGCUGACAUCCCCGACAGCAGCCGGCCAAGCACCCCGUGUCGGAACCGCCAAUGUCGCAGCUGUCAUGGGCUGAGGGUGGACGACAACAAUUACGAGUGGGUGUGCCGGACACCGAGACGGCUGGGAACAUGGUCCCCUAACUUCCCUCUCUGCCGGGACAAGUCGCAAAGCAUGCCCACCGUGUGCUGCGAGGGCUUCCAGGCCUCUCUGCGGUCCCAAAGCUUGGGGGAUGUCGAGUCGUGUUCCCUGCUAUCGUUGGAUACUUUGCCAGAAUCGGAACUAGCCUCGGAAGCGCUGAAAAACCUGAAGGACAUUAGAAGGAAGCGGCUGAAGGUCCCAACGGGCAGCAAGAUCCCCGUCUUGGCGGGCAACUGGCAGAGGGCCACUCCCUGGAGAGAGAGCCCCGUGGGAGAAGAAUCCUAUGAGGACCUAAUGGAUGAGUUUCUGCCUCUUGAGCCAAAGCUCCAGGUUCAGCGGUCUCUGCACCAGGACCUCCAAAGAUCUUUCGAUAACUUGAAGGAACUUCUUGAAACAGCCAAGGGAGAGCUGAAGAGCUUUCAGGAGAAACAAGGAGACGCGCCCAACCAGGAAGCUGGUUUUCCACUUGAGGCGGCCAUGAAUCACCAGGAGCAGCUGAUCCAUCAACUGACCAGCUGUCUGCAAAGCAAGGAGGAGGUGUUACAGGACUGCCUGGUCAUCUUGCUGUCACUCGGAUCGCCUGGGGUGAACGCCCCCAAGUUGGAAACCCUGAUCAAGCAGAUGGCCCUGCGUCUGAAAGAUAGAGACCAAGCAUUAGAGAAGACUCAAUCCAACCAUUUCUUGGCCCUGGAGUCCAUUCAUCGUCAGUUAAGACACCUUCAGGAAGCAUUGAAAGAUAAAGAUACAGACUUGGCACAACUCAACACCAGCCUCCGCACAGAAGAGGAGACCAUGCAUGCUCUGCGGGAGCUUUUGAACCAGAAGGAGCGGGAAAUUCAUCGCCUGGAGUCUCUCUGUGCCUCAACUCAGGAGUUCUGGCAACUGCAGGGCCAAACCUUGGUCUUCGCUUUGAAGGAGAAGGAAACCUUAAUUAAAGCCCUCCAGGAAGCUUUGACCAGUAGCACCAAGGACGUGGAGGCUCUUGCAAAUUCCCUCAGCAGCUCCGACUUGGCUCCAGCGUUGCUCCAGCAGAUCCAGGAGAAGGAAGAUUUGCUGGCCCAGUCCUUGGCUGAGCAGACAUGGUUCCAGGCCGAGUGGCAGAGGCAGCUGCAGGUGGUAGAAGAUGCAGCCAGAGCCCGAGAACACAAACUCCAGGAGCAGCUACGUCAACAAUCUCAGGAUGUCAAAGAGCGAGGCCAGGAUAUCGCACAACUCCGCAGGCAGCUGGCCCAGGCUGAAGCCAAACUAAGCCAAGGAGCUGUUCUCCUAGAGGAACAUUGCACAAAACUGGCUGGACUCCGAGAGAUGGAGAACCUAAAGGCACAUGCGCUGGAGAAAGCUUUGCGAGACGGAGAGGAGAAGGACCGGCUCCUUCAACGCUUGCAGGCCCACUGGGCCACAGCAAGAAAGCACGUUCCAGAGGGACAAAGCCGUCUCCUGCUUCCUCCCAUUUGAACCCGACCUCUAAGAUCCAAAGAACAAGAGAUGCCAAAGAAUGAGAACUGGCCGCUUGGUGAAUGGAAAUAAAUGAGCAGAUGUUGAUUGAAUGAGGUGGUGUUUUGAUUUUCGUUGCUUGGGGAGGGAAGGGAUGUGUUGCUGGAUGAACGUGGAUGGUGGAUGGGGUUGCAUUUCCCUGUAGUGAAGAGAGCUCUCCUCAGAAGAUUUUGCAAGCUAGAAGCUGCUGCUGUAGAAAUUCACUGCCUGAAAUAAAUUAAAAUGACAAUAUGA